UCUGUGUCCAGCUGUGCCUUGUGCCUCUGUGGGCUGAGAUGACGACAAACCAGUGUGUGGGUGGAGACAGAAAUGGGAAAAAAAGAGGGGGUCUCUGACUUCCAGAACAGUAGACUCUUCAUCACUUCACUUUAUCUCCUCGCGAGGUCAAUGUAUGGUGCCUGAGACCCUGGACCUUACCCGGAAAACUACAAUUCCCAAGAUGCAGUGGUGCAGGUGGGCAGGCAACUGGAAAUCACACCUGCCAGGAAAGUCCUCUGGGCCGGAGCAGGACGACUCCUUCGACUUCCUCUUUAAGAUCAUCCUGGUGGGAGACUCGGACGUGGGGAAGACCUGCGUGGUCCAGAGCUUUAAGUCUGGUGUCUUCGUGGAGAAACAGCAAAACACUAUCGGGGUGGACUUCACCGUACGCACCAUGGACAUUGAUGGCAGGAAGGUCAAGCUGCAGGUGUGGGACACGGCUGGACAGGAGCGUUUCCGCACAAUCACCCAGAGUUAUUACCGCAGUGCCCACGGCGCUAUAGUGGCCUAUGACAUCACACGGCGUCCAACUUUUGAAUCUGUGACACACUGGAUCCAGGAAGUGGAGCAGUACGGGGCUGCUAGCGUUGUUCUCAUCCUCAUUGGGAACAAGUCGGAUCUGCAGUCGGAGAGACAAGUGCUGUUUGAGGAUGCCUGUACUCUGGCUGAAGGGAAGGGUGCGCUGGCUGCCUUGGAAACCUCAGCCAAGGAGGCCCAGAAUGUGGAGGCAGCCUUCGUGCUAAUGGCCCGGGAGCUGAUGGUUAGGAACGGCCUGACCAUCACAGACGAACACUCACAGGCCUCCCCACACUUCCCAAACUCCCAUCCUAUCCAUGGCUCCGAUUCCACGGACAGGAAAUCAUGUUGUUGAGAGAAUUGAUGGACAAGGUGGACAAGAGGUUGUUGUGCUGAUGGUCCUGAUAACUGUAUAAUUAACCUAGAGAUAAACUAUAAUUGUCUGGAAUCAACGUUGCCACAAAGCCUGCUAGUUUUAGACUGCCACAUUUAAAGGUGCUGUCAAGAAGCGUGUUGGGAUAGAGGCUAGGGGUUGGGGAUGUGUGUGUCUACUAUAUUGUGCGUUGGUGGGGAUGGAAUAGAUACAAGUACUGUAGUGAUGAUUGAGACUAUCACUGCCACUGAAAAGUCCCACUCCAGCUGUAUUUUUUCCUUUCCCCUUGAAAAACAAUAUUUCAAGUAUAAAUACAGUACACACAUUUAGGGGUAAAAAUAAAUAAAUGUUUUGAGCAAAAUAGUUUACUUUUUUUUUUUAAACACAAUUGCGAAAUUCAAGAGUUUGCCAAAACAAGUAGUUGGUCUGAUGGUGCACUCUGAUGUCAUCGGAUUUUCCCUUUGCUUGCAGGAACAAUAGAAGAGCAAUGGACCACCUAUUUUGUUAAGUGAAUCAUGUGAUAAAUUAAGUUCUAGGGAGGCUGGAGUGGGUCUUUAACUGUAGUUUUAAACUUGGCUGCCAGUCGUCACAUGCACCUGUCCUUAUCGUACUUAACCUACUACUAUUGUCUAAAACGUAACCAGUAUUUAAUAACCAAACGUGGUAAAAGUAUCCUCUGGCCACCUGUG